AUGCGUUUACAGAAUGCUUCAAUUACAGUGACAGAAUUUAUCAUAGGUGGUUUUGACUUAACCAAAAGACCUAUGGUAGUUGGUGUGGUUAUAUUGAUUAUAUAUGUUCUAGCAGUUCUAGCCAACAUGGUAAACAUCCUCUUCAUUAUUUACGACAAGAAAUUACACAAACCAAUGUAUCUUCUGAUUUGCAACCUUGCUGUUGUUGAUAUACUGUACACCUCCAGUACCAGUCCAGUAAUGAUUGGGGUUCUUGUUGCUGGUGCUAAAACCAUAUCCUAUGUGCCGUGCUUUAUUCUGAUGUUUGCUUUUCACUUGGGAGGGGUGAUGGAGAUGUUUGCUUUAGCAGUUAUGGCAUUUGAUCGAUUGAUUGCCAUCAGUUAUCCUUUCCAGUACCACAGUUAUUUAUCAAAUGCACGUACUCUUGUCCUUGCGUAUAUUCUGUGGAUUGUUGCCUGUGGUUUUGUGGCCAUUUUGCCAGCAACUUUGAUUCCUCUCCCUCAUUGCCACUCAACACUGCAGUACACUUUCUGUGAAUAUGCUGCCAUAAUGCGCACCACUUGUGUAGACCCAACUUACUACUUCAAUUUGGUUACCAUCAUAAUAUUUUUUCUUGUAUUUUUCACUUUCACUCUUAUUUGCCUGUCCUAUUUCGGGAUCCUGUAUUUCGUGAAAUUAUCCUCAAAUGAUAAAAAGAAAAUGGGCAGUACGUGCGUGAGUCACUUAAUUGUGGUAACAUGUUAUUACUGUCCAUUAUUUAUCCUUGUUAUCUUGACCAGGUUAGGUGUGGUAUUAACACUUGAGCUACGCCAUGGCUUAAUGAUCGGGUCCACACUUGGCCCGCCUCUUGUAAAUCCUUUUGUGUACAGUCUCAGGACAAAAGAAAUUAAAAACAAGAUCUUUAAGGUAUUCAAAAAAAGUUGA